AUGGUUGCAAUAGGAUGCUGUAUGGUGUGCGUAAAGACGAGUGCGAAAGAUAGCUCAUUGAUUGUUGAGGCGAAGCAUAGCGACGAGAAUUCCAAAUAUGAAUUCUCUCGUAAGAUGGAAUUACCGAAAGGAGUUGAUCCGAACGAAAUAAAAUGUCGUUUCACAGCUGAGGGUGUUCUCGAAUUGGAGGCUCCAUAUAAUCCACCCGUGGAUGCCGAACCAGCAAAAGAUACUGAAAUCAAUGUGAAACACGAAUAG